GUUUGUUCCCCUUCUUCCCUGUAGAAGUGGCAGACGCUUGUUUCCAAAGGCCAAAUAAGAUGGCGAAAUGGCGUGGCUUUAUUUGUGACUGAGGAAACCAAUUGGGUUUAAAACUUUAAAAUCACUAUCCCAUUCGUAUAGAAGAAAAUUUAUUUACAAACAACGAGCUCCAUUGUUAAUAUAAGAGCUUGUGAAUAUGGCAUCAAGGUACUGGAUUGUGUCUCUUCCAGUAAAAAACUCACCCUCUACUCUCUGGAAUCGAUUACAGGAACAAAUAUCCAAAUAUUCUUUUGAUACUCCUCUGUACAGGUUCAAUAUUCCUAAUCUCCGUGUUGGAACCCUCGAUUCACUUCUUGCUCUCAGCGAUGAUCUAUUGAAGUCAAAUAGCUUUGUUGAAGGAGUGUCCCAUAAGAUCAGGCGACAGAUCGAGGAAUUGGAGAGGGUUUCAGGUUUGGAGACUAGCUCUUUGACUGUUGAUGGAGUACCAGUUGAUUCUUACCUCACUAGGUUUGUUUGGGAUGAAGCAAAGUACCCAACAAUGUCACAUUUGAGGGAAAUUGUUGAUGGCAUUCAUACUCAUGUGUCAAAGAUUGAAGAUGAUCUAAAGGUUCGUGUUGCUGAGUAUAAUAAUGUGCGUAGUCAACUGAAUACAAUCAACCGGAAGCAAAGUGGAAGUUUAGCUGUACGUGAUCUCUCGAACCUCGUCAAACCACAGGAUAUCAUUACCUCAGAACAUCUUGUAACACUCCUUGCGGUUGUCCCCAAGUACUCACAGAAAGAUUGGUUGGCCAGCUAUGAAACAUUGGCUGACUACGUGGUCCCAAGGUCCUCCAAGUUAUUGUACGAGGAUAAUGAAUAUGCUCUUUACACUGUCACACUAUUUGGCCGUGUUGCAGACACUUUCAGAACUGCCGCACGUGAAAAGGGCUUCCAGAUUCGGGAUUUUGAAUACAGUUCGGAAGCACAAGAAAAUAGGAAGCAGGAGUUAGACAGAUUGGUUCAUGACCAGGAUAAUUUGAGAAGGUCCCUUUUGCAAUGGUGCUAUACGAGUUAUGGGGAGGUUUUUAGUUCCUGGAUGCACUUUUGUGCUGUGCGUGUGUUUGCAGAGAGUAUUCUGAGAUAUGGUUUGCCACCGUCUUUCUUGGGAUGUGUUUUAGCUCCGUCAGCCAAAGGUGAAAAGAAAGUGCGUUCAAUCCUGGAAGAAUUGUGUGACAGUACACACAGCACAUAUUGGAAAUCUGAAGAUGAGGUGGGAGCAAUGGCUGGUUUGGGAGGUGAUGCUGAUGCUCACCCAUAUGUCUCAUUCACAAUCAAUCUUGUCUGAUUGAUUGAUGAUGAGUCGCUGUUCCGAGUCUGUACUAAAUUCAGCGUCCGAGUGUUCCUCCAGACUGCAAUAAUAAUAAUAAAGGGGCAGGAGUUGAAGAUAAUGUAAAUUAGAAUUAAUAACACCAUUUUUUUGUUGUUUACUUCGAUCUCAGCUGAGUGGAGGAUGGAAGUUACAGGGAAGACCUUGCCAUUUGAAAUUUGUAUCUUUAAGCCAUAUUUUACUCUUAUUAAUGCUCUUGCGGAACCUUAAAUUUAUCAUGUUAAAAUGAUCUGCAAGCUUUGAAUCA